AUGAACUACAGUUCAGCUUCACUCUAUGUCGGAGAUUUGCACGAAGACAUUUCAGAGGCUCUUUUGUUCGACCUUUUCCAUGAGGUUGGACCAAUCAUCUCAAUCCGUAUCUGCCGUGAUGCGAUGACUCGUAAAUCUCUUGGAUAUGCAUAUGUAAAUUUCCAAAAUCCACAAGACGCAGAAAGAGCUCUUGAUACCCUAAACUACACUAGCGUUAAGGGAAGACCAAUCCGUAUUAUGUGGUCACAACGAGAUCCUUCUAUCCGUAAAAGCGGUAUUGGAAAUAUCUUCAUCAAGAACUUGGAUAAAUCAAUCGACAACAAGGCUCUUUACGAUACAUUCUCCGCAUUCGGUAACAUUUUAUCUUGCAAAGUUUGUCAAGCAACCAAGAAGAAUGAAACUGGUGAAAACAGCACUGAAUCAGCUGGAUAUGGUUUCGUUCAUUUUGAAACUCAAGAAGCUGCUGAAAAAGCUAUUGCCAAAGUUAACGGAAUGUUGUUAAACGGUAAACAAGUAUUCGUAGGACCUUUUGUAAAGAAGAGCGAACGAUUGAAGGUUUUGAGCAAUGAAGAUUCAUUCACAAACAUCUACGUGAAGAACUUGGAUCCAAGCGUUGAUGACAAAGAAUUCAAAGAAUUGUUCUCGAAGUUUGGCGAGAUUCAAAGUGCUGUUGUUAUGAGAGGUGAGGAUAACAAAUCAAAGGAAUUUGGUUUUAUCAACUUUGCAGAUCACGCCUCUGCACUUCUAGCAAUUGAUGAUAUGCACGAAAAGGAGUAUAAGGGGAAAAAGUUGUUCGUCGGAAGAGCUCAAAAGAAGAGCGAAAGAAGAGCCAAGUUGAAGGAAUAUUUCCAAAAGUUGAAACAAGAAAAGGUUAACAAAUACAAGGGAUUGAAUCUCUAUGUCAAAAAUUUGGAUGACUCUGUUGAUGACGAGAGAUUGAAACAAGAAUUCUCAAAGUUUGGCGAAAUUACAUCUGCCAAAGUUAUGGUUAAUGAAAACAAGCAAAGCAGAGGAUUCGGUUUUGUCUGUUUCAAGACACCAGAAGCAGCUAACAAGGCAUUGACUGAAAUGAAUGGACAUAUGAUCGGAUCUAAGCCACUCUAUGUCAACUUUGCUCAACCAAAGGAACUUCGUCGUUCUCAACUCGAAGCUCAAUACAAUGCUAGAAAGCAACCUAUGGUACCACAAAUGAUGCCUCCAUUCUUCAUUGCAAACGCUCCAGGAGCAUUCCCUCCUGCAGGUCAAAUGCUCAAGCCUCGCUGGCAACCAGCUGGUGGACGUGGUGGUGCAAACAACCGUGGAGGAAUGACUCAAAGAGGAGGUGCUGUGAGAGGACGUGGAGCCACUACUGGUGCUGUAAAGAAUCAAGGAAAUAGAGCAGCAAACAACAUCAAGUACAACAACAAUGCUCGUAAUCAACCACGAGAACAACCACAACAAAUUACACCAACUCAAGCUUCUUCACAAGUUCCACAAGGAUCAUCUGACCAAUUGUCUGCUGAAUAUUUGGCAAACCUUUCCGAUCAAGAUCAAAAGCAAUUGUUGGGAGAUAGACUUUUCCCACUCGUUCACUUGAGAGAACCAAAGAAUGCUCCAAAGAUUACUGGUAUGCUCUUGGAUAUGGAAGUUUCUGAUAUUUUGCACUUGAUUGAAUCCACAGAUGCUCUCCAACAAAAGAUCAAGGAAGCUGUUAAAGUUUUGGAGGAACAUGGUCAAACUGAUCAAUAA